AUGGCCCCCGCUAUUUUGAACGAACCUGAGGUCCCUAUUACUCCUCUUCCCAUCAUCAAGGAGCUUAGCGGGGCCACCAACUCAGCCAAAGGCGUUGACAGCUUGACCACAGCCCUGACCAAACUCAAUGGCAAUGGCGCCGUCAAGGCGCCCACCAACGGCCAUUCCAACGGCAAGACAGAUGGUUUCAGCGACGGUUUGGACGUCGCCAAACCAAUCUGCUUUUUCCCCACUGAGGAGGGAAGUUCAGAUGUGCUGAGGGUAUUGGACUACAACCCGGCAAUGCUGAAUGAUGCGUCCGCCAUUGAGUGGAUUGCAGGCCAGCUUCAUAAGGCCAACAUUGUCAAUAGCCACCAGCUUCACAAGCUGGAGGUUCAUCAUGUUGAGACAGAGCAUGUGCAGGAUGCCGAAUAUAUGCAAGAUAUCCUCGAGCUCAAGCGGACGAAGCACACCUCCGAUGAGAGUUAUAUUAAACUUCGGACCAGUAUGACCAAGCACCUUCGGAAGGCCCAGGCCGACUCGGAGGGCCUCAUGGUGACCAUCGCCAAGCUGUCCGACGAGUUGAGUCUGGCGAAGCGGGCCGAGGCACUCGCCAAAGCCGACAGCAAGGCAGCGCACGCACUCCAUCAGCAACUUAAGGCAGAAAUCGAGACCGUGCGCCACGCGUUGACCCACGCUCGCGAGCAGCUGAUCAAGCUGGUCAAGGAGCGGGAUGAUGCGGUGCUGGAGUCCGACAAAGCGGAGGGACUCCUCAAUAUCCGGGAUGCAGCGGUUGCGCGGCUCGACGCCGAGGUGGAGCGGCUGGUGAGCCAGGUCGAUUCCUUGCGAGUGAAACUCUCCGAUGCUAUCAAGGCCAGAAAUGCCGCAGCGCUCGACGAGCUCAAGACGCGUCAGCAACUGACGCGCGAGCAAGACACUUGUUCGACCUUAAGAAAGAGGGUCGCGGAACUGGAACACAAGCACGAGGCAAAGGCGGAAUCCAUCAGGGGUCUGGAAGCUACAAUCCACGAGCUCAGGGCCCAGCUCACCCACGCCAGGACGAAGGUGAAGGAGGCAUUGGAGGAUAAGGAGGGCCUCAAAACCAGAUUCCGCGAGCUGGAGGAUCAAAUCCGCGAUGCUGUGGAGGCGGCAAGUGCCGCCAAUGACACUUUGGACGUGGCCAAGAAGCAGCUCGAAGAGGCUAUUUCUACUCGAGAGCACGCGGAGGAGCAACGCACUGCGGCUGAGAUCGCCUGGACUCGCGCCGAGCUGGAGAAGCAGGAUGCGGAAAGCAGGCACCGAGCCAUCCGAGAGCAGUUCAUGAAGCUCGAGGCGGAUUACGCGCAAGAGCAGCGCGAGAAGGCGACCCUGAAGGAGAAGCUUUCCAAGGCGGAACAACGCGCAGAGUUAGCUUGCCACUUCACGCAGGAGGCAAUCGAAUGGGGUCAAGCGCUCAAUCUUACCAACCAUGAACUGUUCGAGCAGUACAAGAAAUCCUAUAAUGAGAAAGUCCAGGCAAUUGAGCUGCGGUUUGCGGAAGGGCGUGAGAGAGCCGACUGGCAGGAACAAGCCAGACUAGCCCAGGCUAAGGUCCGGGAGCUGACCGAGGCCUUCUUCAGUGUCUCGAAGCAGAAGGACCGUGCUCAGAACGUCUUGGAUGAAUUCCAGAAACAAUACAAUCAGCUCAAGGAGGGACACCUCCACGAACAGCUGGGAUCCCAAAACAAAAUCGACCAUCUCCAGAAGGAGCGAAUGAGGUGGGAGAAGGUGAGAUCGAAGCUGAACACCGAGAUCGAUAUGGCCAAGAUCCAAGUUGAAAAAGCGGAGGCGGCGAAGAUGCAGGCCGAGGUGGCGCGUCAGAAGGCAGAGGCGGAGUCGGCGGAGGAGGCGAGGCAGCAUGAGAAGGAGUUGGAGGAGGCGAAGGCGCGAAAUCAGAGAAUGGCGAGCGGGUGGGAAGAAAUCAACCGCGGCAAUAAGGCCCGGAUCGAGGAGCUCUUGAAGAAGACUGAAGAGAAAGAGGCGACGAUCAAGGAGCUCGGGAAGGACAUUGCCGACAUACAGAAAGUCUUGAGCCACGGCCACAGCUUCGGAAAGAUCGCCAUUCACGACAUCUUCCUGGGCGGCCAGCGAGUGCAAGACGAUUCGAUCUACCAGACAAUCGGGAAGCACUAUGGAUCCGUGGAGAAGCUUCCCCUGGUGCGAUGCUUCCCGGAUGAGAUGGACAAGAAGAAGAAGUUGGCGGUUGUGUACACUGUCAAGGGAGAGGAAAUUGCUCGGACGGUGGAGGUUGGAGUGAAUGAAGGAUUGAAGUUCCCGGCCAGCAGCAGCACUACUACUGCUGCUCCUGCCACCAAGUCCACUCCUGCCACUCCUGCUACUGCCACCCCGACUGCUACUGCCACCACUGCUGCCACCGCCAAAACCCCCGCUAAGGCCACACCCGUUGCUGCAGCCCCGACUACCUCUCCAACUGCUUGA